AUGAUCCGUCGAAAACUUAGCAGUUUACUGCUAUCCACCUUUUUUCUCUCACUCUUUCCACAAGUAGCAACCGCCCAACAAAUCGACACCGGCAUACCUGAAGUCCAUCCCCGUUUCCGCACCCAAGAAUGCACCGAAUCAGGCGGCUGCAAAACGCAGCAGACGUAUCUCGUCUCCGACGCCCGGCACCGACCCUUCCACAACACCGAAGGCGAAAUCGUCGAAUGCUCCGCCGCCAACAAGGUGCUCUGUCCCGACGAGGCCAGCUGCGCCAAGAACUGCAUUCUUGAGGGCGUAGAGUACGGCAGCUUAGGCGUGCUGGCGAGCGACACGGCCGUGACGCUACGCAACUAUCUUUUUGAUGGGAGGAAGCACAGGAGUAUCAGUCCGCGCGUGUACCUACUUGCAGAGGAUGGCGAGAACUACGAGCCGAUCAAUUUGUUAAAUCAGGAAAUCAGCUUUCAGGUGGACGUGUCAAACAUUGGUUGCGGUAUGAACGGCGCGCUGUACCUGUCCGAGAUGGAUUUUGCCGGGGGGAGGAGUAAACUCAACCCGGCUGGGGCGAAGUAUGCGACUGGGUACUGCGAUGCGCCAUCCAACUCGCGCGCCACGACCAUGACUUCGCAUCCUUGCAAUCAAACAGGCCCUUUCCUUUGCAACGGUGAUCAGAGCGACGAGUCAGAGAAGAGUGGAAGCGGUAUGUGUGCCAGAAAAGGUUGCGGAAUCAAUCCGUUCAGGCUUGUCACCUACAGCUCGAAUAUUAAAGCUCCCAUCCAUGCCAACAUUUCGCCCAGCGGUGGCAAGUUUGAAGGCGCGUUGACGGAGGGGUACUGCAGUGCUCGGGAUUUCGACCACCAUGCGCGGUUGAGUGGCUUGAAGACAAUGGGCGAGGCACUGGGUCGUGGUAUGGUCAUGGUCUUGAGUAUCUGGAACUCCGAAAGACACUCAAUGGCGUGGCUGAACGCCGGAAAAAACGGGUCAUGCCAGGACGGUGAAGGGAAGCCGGAGAGGAUUGUCAAGAAGACGCCGAACGUCACAGUAACUUUUUCUAACAUCAGGUGGGGCGAUAUUGAUUCGACUGCAUAA